AUGCCCGAAGGAUCGAGAGAUAUUUGCAACCAGCGAAACUGCCCGCCGCCUGAAACGGUCUGCCGCCCAGAUGCCUGCCGUUCAUUGCGCAGCGUUCGGUUUGUGUUCGAGGCGUGCGUUUUGCCGCCCUGGCGGUUGCCUCCAGCGGAUGGAUGUCUUGAGAGCACCCGAUCAGUACGAAUCUGGCAGUUCGUUCGAGGCGAGGUUGGGUCGUUUCGGAUGGUUCCUGAAUAUCUUUUAAACCGAAGCAAUCGGUUUGAGGACCUCCAGACAAAUUUCACUGGAAACGGAAGUCAGCUGGUGUUCUUUCCUGCUGGAGCAACAGAACGGGAUUGCUCUCUUGGUUGGGCGUCCCCUCCAUUUGUUCAAAGAAAUCCCGCCAGCGCGUUUUUUCGCGCCGCGAGUCUCACGCGCGACCGCAGCCGGCAAUCCAUCUCGGCUGCGUCUGCCCGCGUCCAGAAGAUAUAA